AUGAUGAACGUUCUCCAAAAAGAGACGGACAUCAACCUUCGUGAGUUGACUUUCAUGACAACAACUAUUGGCAAAGUGUUUGGCAUAGAUAAUUGUCGUGUUACUCGCUGCGGUUAUACUGGUGAGGAUGGGGUGGAGAACGGUAACGUAAAACUGGCAGGACUUGGUGCACGAGAUGCUUUGCGAUUGGAAGCUGGUUUAUGUCUUUAUGGAAAUGAUAUUGAUGAGAAUACAACCCCGAUUGAAGCUGGUCUGGCAUUUGUCGUAGCCAAGCGUCGUCGCCAAACCCUUGGCUUCCCCGGUGCAGAGAAGAUCGUUGAACAGCUGACAACGAAGAAGUGGCCAAAACAACGGGUUGGUCUGAUUUCAGAACCUGGACGAGCUCCGCGAGCUCAUCUACCACUGGUUGAUCCCCUUGACAAGGCGGCCAUUGGUUUCAUCACAUCAGGUUGCCCAUCUCCAUGUUUGAAUCAAAAUAUUGCUAUGGCCUACGUUGAUAAACCGUACGCAAAGGCCGGAACCCAAUUUGUCGUCGACUUUGGCCCUAAACAAGCGAAGGUCACCGUCACAAAAAUGCCGUUUGUAAAGACCAAGUACUACACUAAGGCAUCAUAG